GGACGUUCUAGACUUGCUACAUGGAUGCUUAAUAUGUUUAAAGUGUCUACUACCUCUACGAUAUGCACUACGAGACCUACGAAACUCCUUUACACGGUAGCAACCCAACGUCGUCCGAACUGUUUGUUGAGACCCUCUUUAUCUUGCCGAAAUAUUCUGCAACCGUUACUGAUGAGCCGUUCGUGAGCCUUGGUAAUUCUCGCUGUACGCAACAAGUCCGGUAGGAUCUCGGGUCGGCUCGGUGGGGCCGUGUUCCGGUAUUUAAAGGUUGGAUAUAAACCUGCUAAUAUUAGAAUAGAGUUAACGUUUCGGUUUAUAUCCUUUUGCAUCGGUUGUCGGUUAAUAACCUGGAACAAGAUUCUUUCACAACUAAAUCAGAAUGAUGUCUAGGACGCUAGGACUGUUGCAUUUUUUAUGGAAGCCGCACCGACUAAGACAUUUGAACGGCUCCGGUUCCCAAUAUGUGAGUUGUAGACCUGUGGCGAGUCAAUAAAGUCGGUGUGAUUCCCCUUACUUACUAAAUCUUGCCUAUGUGUGACUUGCAACUUUCCCUCUUCGUGAUAACCUUUCGAAAAUUUCGGUACUUGAAAUUCUCUUGUUACUUGUUGUUUAGAAAUAUCCCCCUAGUUAUUGGAAAACAUGGCAGAUCUCAAAGUCGACAACCUUCAAAAUCCCGAACAGAGGAGAUCAGAUAGUGUACAGACUACCAGGUCCAGCUCUGAUUCGACCUUGUCGUCUAAUAUGGACUCUAUAUUUUCGAGAGCGUGGUGCUAUAUGCUGGAGCCUGUUCGCUCGUCAGGUUUUGCCGAGCUCGAACUACUUAUCCUAACCUUUUGCACGGGCAUGCAAGAUGCCAUUUCUUUCCCCGACUACCACUGCUUCGCGUCGAACCAGACAGGAAAUACGGUUUUCCUCAUGCUGGCCAUCAUACUGCCUCAUCUUAACGGCGAAAUGUUCAUCACGGCAAAUAUUGGGUCAGCUCUAGGUUUCUUCCUCUUGGGUGGAUGGUUGACGGGUCAGAUUAGCCACCUCGUUGGUCCACGGCUAAGACUCUGGCUCGUCUGCUGCAACUUCGUCCAGUCGUGCUUGGUAUUCGGCGCAGCGGCUAUGCAGUACCAACACGGAGCAGGAUUAAAGGGUGGCGACGCUGUGAUAGUUAUAGGGCUUCUAGCAUUUGCUUCUGGGAGCCAGGUUGUGCAGUCGCGAUCCCUCCAGAUGACGGAGAUAAGCACAGCGAUGGCCACCGCCGCGUGGAUCGACCUGCUAAUCGAUCCUAAGCUCUUCAAGCUAAAUAAUAGGCCACGUACAAGGCGUGCCAUGUUUCUCGCGACGCUUGUCCUUGGGUCGCUCGCAGGUGCGGGUAUUUACCGAUCUGCUGGGUCUUGGGUGGCCAUUUUGGUAUCGGCUGCUGGGAAGAUGCUUGUGACGGGCAUGUAUUUAUUCAACGGUGCUGAUAAACCCAAGACGACGUCUGGCCAAGAUGCUUGCUGAGUGGACUAUGCGGAUAUGUUAUGCUGGAUAUUGAAGAGCGAACAUGUAUAGACAAUACCUACUUAUUAUACUUAAUUGAUGCUACACCGAGGAGGUGAUAACUUAGUAAUGAGAUAGUUUAGACGAUCUGAUGAUAAAAUACAUAUAUCAGUUAAUUAUCAGUUGAACCUUAUCAUGGUUUUAACUUUUGGUUAACUAGAAC